CAAGUAGUAGGGGAAUUGAUACAACAAUGGCGAUCUCGAUGUGCAUGGGAUGCACCAUUAUAUUCGUUCCAUUGUAUACAUAGUAAUUUAACAGUUUUUAAAUUAGGAAACAUUAUUUUUAAAUACAUAAGAAUUUUAUAUAUAAGACAUGUUGCUAAUAACAAUAGGAAUUAUUUAAUUCGAGCAGUCAUUGAGCCUAACCUAUUAAAAUGUCUAUGACGGCAAAUACUUUUCAACAUUGAACCAAAAGACUGUUUCAAAUUUAUUCUUCCAAUUAAUUGUACGUUGCGCGAUUCACAGCAAAAUUGUAAUUUAAUUUGCUUGCAUCGGAACGGAUCACAAUGUGCGGAAUAUUUUGUUCUCUAUAUCAGCCUGAUAACAGCUCCGAAUCUUCCAAACAGUGGAACAUGUGCAAAGACAUGAUAGCUACACGAGGCCCUGAUCAUUUAACGGAGAAAUACAUGUCGCUGAGUCAUAAUUGGCAUGGAUACUUUGCUGCUGCAAUACUGUGGAUGCAAGGACCAAGGACAACGAUACAACCAAGUAUGGACGACAAUGGUAAUUUGUUACUUUGGAACGGAGAUCUCUUCUCAGGUUGUUUGGCCAGAGACGAUGUCUGCGAUACGAAUGUGAUAUUGGAUGAAUUACAAUUUACCACGAAUGUCAUGUCUGUGCUUCGGAAGAUCGAAGGCCCUUACAGUCUGAUAUACUAUCAAAAAUCAAGUAAUACAUUGUAUUUCGGGCGCGAUAUUAUUGGGCGACACAGUUUACUUUUAAAAGUGGACAACGAAGUUAAUUCGUUGACUCUAACAUCGGUUGCGAAUAAGAGGAUGAAAGAAAUUGUAGAAGUACCAGCCAUAGGUAUCUUCGCCAUGAAUUUAAAUAGCUCAAAAAUCAAUUUAGCAUGCUAUCCUUGGAAAGAGCCCGACUUGAGAUUCACGGAUGUUAUCGAGGCACUGGAAACGAAUCUAAACGUAGACAUCGAUAUUAAGGAGAUCAUAUUGGAUGCUCGUCCGUUGUUGACAAAUUUACAUCUGCAUCCUGAUCCAAAGGACUUGCAAUAUCUAGAAAGUGUACCGUACAAUAAGGAUUUUAGCGAGACGUUACAUUAUUUAUUGGAGAAUCGAGAAGUGAACGAGAGAGUGAAACGCUUGACAGAACUGUUGCAUCAAUCGGUAAAAGUUCGAGUAAAGAAAAAGCCAAAUUAUUGCAAAGAUUGCAUAAGAAUUAUGUUAAACGAUGGAAAUGUUACUUGCGCUCAUUCCAAGGUCGGCAUAUUAUUCUCCGGUGGUUUAGACUCGGCGAUCUUAGCGGCGAUCGCUGACAGAUACGUGCCAAAAGACGAAAGUAUCGAUCUGAUAAACGUUGCAUUUGAGAAACCUGGAAGUAGGCAGAAAAUAAAUCACGCGAAUGACGAAGGCGAUAAUGUAACGCAAAAAUAUGAUGUGCCAGAUAGGAAGACUGGACGACAAACUUACUCCGAAUUGUUACGAAUAUGUCCUAACAGGAAGUGGAAUCUCAUAGAGUGCAACAUUACCCAAGCGGAAUUGCAACUGUAUCGGACUUCACGAAUCUGUGACCUGUUGUAUCCGUUGUGCACGAUUUUAGACGAGAGUUUAGGGUGUGCCAUGUGGUUUGCCAGUCGCGCCAAGGGUGUUCUUUACCCAAUUAACGAAACGUAUGAAUCGCCAUGCAGAAUAUUACUGCUCGGCAUAGGUGCGGACGAGUUAUUUGGCGGAUACAUGAGGCACCGAACUAUAUUAAAACACAAAGGAUGGGACGCGCUGGUGCAAGAAUUGAAUAUCGAACUGGCAAGGAUCUCUGAGAGAAAUUUAGGCCGGGACGACCGGGUUGUUUCCGAUCACGGGAAACAGUCUCGUUUACCGUAUCUAGAUGAACACUUGGUGAAAUAUGUGCAAAAUAUAAAACCAUGGGAGAGGUGUUAUCCAACUGAGAAGAUGCCAACUGGAUUGGGAGAUAAAUUACUGUUACGUUUGUUAGCAUGCAAUAUUGGUUUUCAAAGUACGGCGAAUUUCCCUAAGAGAGCUUUCCAGUUUGGUUCGCGAAUCGCCAAUGGUAGAGAAAAUGCUAAUGACGUAUCAAAUAGAUUAUAAAAUCGGGAGGAAACACGUCUAUUACUGCAGCUACUACAAUAAUAACUGUAUAUUUACUAAUGAGCAGUUGCUAAAAUACAGUUAUAAAUUUACGAAUACGCGUAUACAUGCAUAUGUGUUUUAAUACUCUGAUUAAUCAAUUAUUUAUUGUAUAUCUUUUGAUAUAUUAUAUUACAUGCUAUUUAUAGAUCUCAAAUAUAAAACAUACAUGUAAGUUUAUACGUUGUUCGUACAGUUAUCAAAAUUCUAUGAAGAUUACCGAUACAUAUAUAAAUUAUCUGCGCCAACUUAAGUUUCUUGUCAAUCAUUACCAGUCAUGAAAGAAAAAGUCAAAUAGAAUAUCUGUUAUCAUUUUAAAAAUUAUAUACAACAGAAGUGUCUCUAAGUAAUAACAGAAGAUUAUGGAAAACAUUUUUUAGAGAUAUUUAUGAGAGUGAAUGAUCAGUUUUAUAAAAGUUUAAUAUGAUUGAGAAAGAAGGUGUGUUUAGUGGAAAAAAAAAUAUAUAUAUAUACAUAUAUUCAGUGACAAAAUUAAGGGAUCAAUAUUAUGCCAAAUAUUUGCCAAGUUCAAACUUGGUGAAUAUUUUUAUUACGAAUAUUUCGCGGUUGUAACUUUGCGAGAAGUAAUCGAAGAUCAACAGUUGAGAUUUUAUUUGAAAUUGUAAAGAAAAGUCUCAUAGAUCAUUUAUUAUCGAGAAUAGUUUGAAAUGCAAAUGUGUUCCUUUUAAUUUCGCAAAUUUAUCCAUACGGAAGGGAAAACAUUUUUCUCAGAAAUCUUUUACACAAAACAUAAAAUUCAAAACUUUCGCUUUGUGAGCAAAUUGAAUUUGAACACAAAAUUGAUCUACGAUUUUUUUCGCAUAGAUACGGCAUCUUAAAGUGAAUCUUGCAUUUUGCAUAAUCGCCACCGACAGCCGAUGAUGUUAUACGAGGUGUACUACGGGGAAAUUGCACAAUCGGAAUUAUGUCUCGUGUGUGCGUGUGUGCGUGGGUGUGCAUCUGUCUGCUGUGUGUCAAAAAUAUAUAAACGUAUAAAUGUUGACAGACAAAGUACUUUUCAACCAAACGCAUAGUAUCUAAAUGAUUAUAUCUUCACGAUUAUAUAGUAACAGAAAUAAACGGUGCGUAAAACUGA